AUGCCUUUGGAUGAAGAGGGUGCAAAAUGGUCCUGCGAACCAUGCAUUCGCGGUCACCGAUCUUCAAAAUGUCAACACUUCGACAGACUGAUGAUGAAAGUCCCCAAAGCUGGUCGCCCUCUCGCAAAAUGUCCACAUCCAAAAGGAUCAUGCAGCUGUCAGCGAACUCUUUCGAUGAUGAUCCGCAUUCCCAAAGGUACUGGUUGCGUUUGCCGCCCCAUCGAUACACCUGAUGAGAAUUCUCCUCAAAAUUCAGAGCCUACUAGUGGUACUCGUGCUUCGCUUUCCUCUCUGACUACAUCGCCGGCUCCUUGCAAAGUUCAAAAACCGGGCAGACGACAAAGCAGCAUCCAAGCCGUCCCCGAAAACAUUGCCCGAGCCCUCGAAGCCAUGCCUAUCAAUAUCAAGUAUGAGGAGGGGGCUAACGAAACCCCCGCUCGCCUUUCGUCUUUUUCAUUGGAUCACAAGGUCUACUCUCAUAAUGCCUAUCAAGCCAUGAAUGCCCUGCCAGAGGCAUCUUACGCUCCGCCGCAGGCAAACGGAUCGAGUUGUUGCUCUAAAAAGCCGCCCCCUCCUCCAGUUGCUCCUAGUGGAGGGGGAUCUUGCUGUAGUGGAAAAGCUGGCAGCGGAAAAGCUGGCCCGCAACCCACAGCCCCCCUUGUCUCCAAUGUGCCUGAGCUGCAUCAACAACACCAACAACAACAUUACCAACAAGGUUACCAACAGCAUCAGCAGGAACAAAAUAGCUGGAAUGGCACGUCCUACUCAAAUUUCACGCCAGCUCAGAUGGCAUGGCGUAACCCUAUGCCCACUGCUCAGCCUGUCCAGGGCCAGUUCAUACAUCCCUAUGGAUUACAAGACAACCAUGUACCCCAGGUAUACAUGAAUGCUUACUCACAAAGUGGUCCGUCUGACGCGUACUCUCAUACGGUGAAUGGUCUUGGAAUUACGCCGAGCUCUAUGUCAUCUUACAAUUCCACGCCAUCGCAGAAUUCAGUUUACACCCCUACCAAUAUGAGCGUUGAUCCGUCCCAUGAUUGUCAAUGCGGAGAGGAGUGCCAAUGUUUGGGUUGUGCAUCUCAUCCUUUCAACAAUACCACUCGCCAACGUGUUCAAGAAAUGGGUGAAAUGAUGACCAUUGGUGGUGGCAAGUCAGCAAUCGAGACGUAUCAGUCUCCCACCUUCUCGGGCAGUCACAAUUGGGAGCGCUUCAAUUACCUACCCCAGGGGUUGGAUCACAGUCAGAGCAUACAACAGCAAAACUACGAGCCAUACUCGGAUCAGUCUCAUGUGCCCCAAGGCUCAAAUUUCCCUCGCCCGUAUACUUCACCAGUUGCAGUCGGCCAGGUUAUGAAUGAGCAGCUGAUGCACACCUCUGAAUACUACACUCUGGAGUAUCCGGUAGGAAUCCCUUCGGCUUGCUCAGACGUGACAGGCAGUUGCCAGUGUGGCAAUGACUGCAGCUGUGUAGGCUGUCUGACUCAUAGCGGCCACAACGGGCUACCGCUUGAGGCUCCUUUACAAGAGCCCGCACUCCCUGUUCACAGCAAUGAUCAUCUUGUUUCAUCUGGUGAACAAGUGCCCGCGACGACUUCUAGUAUGCAAACCUCUCGCAUCCCGGUACUUGAAAACUUAUCAGUUCCGUGCUUGAGUCCGCGCACGCUGGAGACAUCGAUGAUUUAA